AAAAGAAUGAAAUUUAGAGAUAGAAAGAAUCAACCAAGGUGUCAAACUCUGAGCUCUUCUUUUAUCUAAGAAAAUCUGACUUACCAACAAUAUCCAACUUCCGCCAUUUUUACACUCUUCAACUCCUCAGUCCUCCUCAACGAUGGGGAGUUCUUACUUUCUGCACUCUCCCCUCCAUCAUUUUCUCUCUCCUCCUCCUUCUUCCUCUUCUUCUCUUCCCCUCUCUUCUCCUCCACUUUUCUUCUACCAUAGAAAUGCAGAACUUAAAAGAAAAAACAGCAGAAUUUGCAGAGCUCCAAUGGCUUCCUUGCAUCAUCAAGUGACCCCACAAGAGGUUGAUUCUUGCAAUAGGAGAGCUUUUAUGAUUCUGGGCAUUUCAGUUUUCCCCCUUUUGCCUUGGAAAACCGAAGUUCUUGCCGCUGAAAAUGAAGAAGGAAGGGGAGAAGAAAAACAAAACGACGAGCAAACGCGCCCUCCACCAAAUUCCUUUCUAUCUCUAUUGAAUGCAAUAGGACUUCUCAGCUCAGGUGUGCUUGCUGCUCUCUAUUCUUUGGCCCAAAAGGACAAGGCAACAUCAGAAGAGAUGAUAGAAUCUCUCAACUACCAACUGAAGCAAAAAGAUGCUGCGAUUGUUUCCUUGGAGAAAAAUUUUGAGUCAAAACUAUCAUACCAACAGGAAGAACAGAAAAAGCUACUCAACAAAGGAAAGGAAGAACAGUUGUCUUUGGUGAAUCGCUUAGAAUCAGCCAACAACACAAUAACUGGCCUUGGACGAGAGCUACAAGCUGAAAAACAGAAAAUCGAACAACUUCAAAUCAACAUUGAAGAUCUUGAUAUGAAACUUGAAAAGGCUGGGAAAGAAAAAAAUUCAUUGGAAGAGAAAGUGAAGGAGAAGGAUAGCUCAAUUGCAGUUUUACAAGAAAGAACAAACCUGUUGAGUUCAGAAGUAAAAGAGAAAGAGGAAACUAUACAAAAUCUUAGCUCUUCCCUCGCACAGAAGGAUUCUGAUCUAACACGGUUGAACUCUUCCUAUGAGCAAUCUCGGGAUGAAGUGGAUGCUCUUGAAUUAGAGAUUGUGAAUCUGAAUGGAGAGCUCUCGAAGCUUCGAAGUGAUCUAGAGCAGAAAAAUUCAAUGUUGGAAGAUUUAAAUGUUACUUUUGAUUCUUUGACAGUUGAGCGAGACAAUUUUAAAUUGAAGCUUAGCACGCUAGAGCAUGAGUAUGAUGGUUUCAGAUCAUUAUCUGAGAAAAAGGAAGCCAGUGAUAGAAAAAUUCUGGAGGAAAGAGAGAAUGAACUACGCGAAUUGAAAGAAAAGUACGAGCAGGCUGUGAGCGAAGUUAGUGCUAAGCAGGAUGAGAUAUCUGAUCUCACCCAAGAUAGGGACAAGUUCCAAAAAAUGCUCGAUGAAGAGGUCAAUAGUGUGCGAAGUUUGAAACAGGAGGUCGAACUGACAAAAGACGCUCUUGAGUUAUCCAAAGAGGAAGCAUCUGAUCUAAAUAAGCAAUUAAAAGAGUCCAGAAAUUUGUCUUCAGAGCUUGAGGCUGAACUCUCGAAAGUUCAGGCAGAGUUUUCAAAAGCAAGAGAUUCAUUUCAGAAAAGCUUAAAUGAGGCAACGUUACAUUCAGAAACGCUAGCUGGGGAGUUAAGUCUGGUGAAGGAAGCUUUGAAUAGAACUAAAAAGGAGCUCGAAAUUGUGUCCAAGGAUUUGACAGCUACAUCAACAAAUUGUGACAGCCUACAGAAGGAAUUGGUUGAAGCAUAUAAUAAGGCUGAAAGUGCUACUAAUGAUUUGAAAGAAGAAAAGAAGAUGGUUGCUUCCUUAACUAAUGAAGUACAAACCUUGGAAAAACAAAUUGGGAAGGACAAGGAGGCAAGAACAUCUCUUGAGACCAAUCUCAACGAAACUGCUAGAUCCCUUGAUGAGAUGAAUCGACAAGCAUUGAUGCUUGCUAAAGAUAUUGAGGUGUCUAACUCCCAAAUUUCUACACUCGAGGAGGAGAAAGAAUUUCUCAAUAGUUCUCUUGAAAAUGAAAAGAAAAUUGCCCAAACUGCCAGCGAAAACCUCGAAGAUGCCCAGAGUGUUAUAAUGAGGCUGGGUACCGAAAGGGAGAACUUGCAGAAAAUAGUCAGACAAAUGGAGGAGGAUUUAGCUUCUGCAAAAGGUGAAAUCUUACGCUUGAGGGCUCAAGUAAACUCCUUAAAAACUGAAGUUAACAGUGAACCUAUGAAAGAAAAGAAGCCUGUUGUUAACAGUGAAUCUGAGGAAGAAACUAAACCUCAGGAGGUUUCUGACAACGAACCUGAGAGAGAAGCUGAGCCUGUUCUUAAUACAACUGCAGCACCUGCAAAGAAGACAACGCGGAAGAAAAGAACAAGUACCCGAGGAGGAACUCUCGGGUAACUUAUUCACCUAGGUGAGUACUUAUAAUUGAUUCUUUCGUAACUUGAGCCUGUACUUUCUACGGCUUCUGUAAUAUUGUUAAUGCCAUUGCCAUGUAAAGCUGAGUUAUUGGAUACGGAUGUAUGUAAAUCCUUUUUGUCAAGAUCAAUAGACAUUCUUCCCAUGUUCUCUUGUGUA